GGUCCAGAGGCAGGAGCUCAAAAUGACUGCGAAUCUACUUUACACUUUCCUCGCUGGUUUGUUGGCGCUUAUUUUACUAAUUUACAUAAAAUACCCCUAUUUCUUACACGAUUUAAGAUACAUCACCGCUAUUGGCAUACAUAUACGCAUGAGCAAAUUUAAGAAGCAAACGCCAUAUUACACAAUUCUGGACAGAUUUUUGGAACAAGCAAAAAAACAACCGGAAAAAACUUUUAUUAUUUUCGAGGGCCGCAGGUUUACGUACAGUUACGCGGAUAAGGAGAGUAACAAAAUCGCCAGGGCGCUGCAGAAACACACAGACUUGAAGGAGGGCGACACCGCGGCUGUGUUUUUGGGAAACGAGCCGGACUUCGUGUGGCUCUGGCUGGCUCUGUCCAAACUUGGUUGCACCGCUGCGUUACUCAACACAAACAUACGGUCCAAAUCUCUGCUGCACUGCUUUUCCUGCUGCGACGCCAAAAUUCUCGUGACUGGAGCUGAUCUGCAGGGGGCAGUAGAGGAGGUGCUGCCUGGUUUGAAGGAUUUGGGCAUACGUAUGUUUGUUUUGGGACAGGGGAGUUGUGUGGAUGGUAUCGAGACUCUGUCUGAUAAGAUCCAAGAGGCCUCAGACCAGCCCCUGUCCCUGCAGCUUAGAGCUAAUGUUAAAAUCAGCAGCCCCGCCCUGUACAUCUACACCUCUGGGACCACAGGUCUCCCCAAAGCCGCUGUGAUUUCCCAUAUGAGGGUGUGGUUCGCUUCCUUUGUCCAGAACGUUGCUGGAUUGACCUCGAGCGACAUCUUCUACCUGUGCCUCCCCCUGUACCACUCCUCAGGCUUCCUCAUGGGGCUCACUGCGGCCAUAGACAGAGGUUUGACGGUUGUCUUAAAGCGCAAGUUUUCUGCCUCUCAGUUCUGGGAUGACUGUAGAAAAUACAACGUCACUGUGAUCCAGUACAUAGGAGAGAUCCUGCGCUACCUCUGCAACUCACCCAAGAAAGACAACGAUAAGAACCAUAAAGUGCGGGUUGCCAUAGGUAACGGUAUCCGGUUGGACACGUGGGAGGAGUUUCUGCAUAGAUUUGGAGACAUUCGGAUCUGUGAGUGCUAUGGCUCAACAGAAGGAAACGUCGCCUUCUUCAACUACAUCGGGAAAGUCGGAGCCAUCGGCAGAGAGCAUUUUCUUCAUAAAAUGGGCACUCCAUACUUUUUGAUAAGAUUUGACACUGAAACAGGGGAACCUGUGAAAGACUCUAAAGGCUUCUGCACUGAAGUUCCCAGAGGAGAGACUGGUUUGCUGGUUGCAAAGAUCGGGAAAACAUCACCAUUUCAGGGAUACGCGAAAAACCAACAACAAACAGAGAAGAAAAUACUGAAGGAUGUUUUUGUGAAAGGAGAUCGCUACUUCAACUCCGGAGAUCUUAUGAGGAUGGACCAACAAGGAUUUGUCUACUUCCAAGACAGAGUUGGAGACACCUUCAGGUGGAAAGGAGAGAAUGUAGCAACUACAGAAGUGGCUGACCAUUUACUCACAGUGGACUGUAUUGAGGAGGCCAAUGUUUAUGGUGUUAAAGUUCCAGGACAUGAGGGCCGUAUUGGGAUGGCGGCGCUGAAGCUCAAAGAGAACAUGGACUUUGACUGUAAAGCCGCUCAUCAACAUGUGAAGAACUUUCUCCCGAGCUACGCGCGGCCACGCUUCAUACGAAUACAGCCCUGCCUGGAUGUAACAGGAACAUUCAAACAAACAAAGGGGAAGUUGGUGGAGGAAGGUUUUGACCCAGCAAUCAUCAAAGAUCCUUUGUUUUUCCUUGAUGAUGCUAAAGGUUACAUCCCCAUCACACAAGACAUUUAUGAUUCUUUAGUUGAAGGCAAACUCCGACUCUGAGCCAACUGCACCUGAAAAACCCAAACCAACUAAUCAAUAUGUAACUGUAGUAUUAAGAUGAUUGCCUACAAAAGGACACUAAGUGGGCUAACUUUUCUUCCUUUCUAUGUUAUUGCUAUUUACCACUGUAUGCCACAAGUUACAGGUUAAAUCUGUGGAGAGGGAAGCCUGCUUACUGUAAGAACACAUCAUAAUUUCGAGCAAUAAACACAGCGGUAAUUUAUUAAAAGCAUCAUAAAGAAGUUAAAUGCCAUAUUAUCAUUCCAGCUGAAGCAAUAACAGCUUCACCAGAAAACUUGCAUAAUGGCAAUACUUACUGUAGCCAAAAAUUAAAGAAGUUUUUACUUACCCAUGAAGUCACUAAAAAUAAUUUUCAGUAAUAUUUUCUUCUUUAUAUGAACUUGAAGUUUUGCACUGUAAUCAUAUCCUUUGUCACGGAACAUUAUCACUACAGUAAAAUGUAUACAGUACAUACAGACAACAUUCAUUUCUAACCUACAAUACCAAAUCCAAAAAAGCCUUUUUUAAAUUGAAAAAAAUAAAAUAAAUAAAAAUAAAUAAAUAAAAUGUUUAUGUAAAGCAGAUAAGUUGAGCUUUCUAAUAUACAUUGCAUUUUUUUUUUUUAAUACAUGUUUUAGGUUUUAGUUUCCCAGUGGGCCAUUAAUUCUUUCACACCAAUAAAACAGACCAAACCAUGACUCAAUUAAGGUCUAAACCAAAACUGAAAUAGUACUUAACCAGUAACAACAUUAAAUAAAAAAUAUAACAGACAUACUAAAAUAUGCUCACUUUUUAAAUGAUGAAGUGUAUGCUAUAUAAAAUGUGACCAUUUACCAUUUGUCAUAUAAAGCUUAUUGGUAUUUUUUUUGUUGUUUUUUGUUUUGUUUUUGCUUGUAAACUUUUAUUAUAAUUGUUUAAUUUUACAAUUAUAUUGUGACCUGAAUAUUAAUUAACAGAAUUAUCUUGACAUCUGUACAAGACAGUGGACCUAACUAUGAUUAAAGGUCCUAUGUUACACAAAAUUGACUCUUGUGAGAAGUCAUGUUAUAAUAUUGUUACCUGAUCAAAAACAUACCCAGAGUUGUUUUUUGUUGUUGUUUGUUGAGUAAUCCUGCAUUAUUAGGCUGUCAGCAUUUCCAAAGCUCAAAAUGCUCCAUUCCGUCUCAUGAUGUCAUGUGGUAGUUUUCAUGAUUAACAGCUAGAUUUAACCUAACCAUCAUGACUAAG